UUUAACAACUCUCUCUCUCUCUCUCUCUCUAUCUCUCCUCUGUCCCCGCUCUCUCUCUCUCUCUCCUGUGAAUUUAUUUUCGUUUUGUCUUUCAAUUUUAUGGAGGCCCAAACUCUAAAGAAGCGGGUCCGAGAUGACUCGGCCGACUCGGACCUCGACUCGCUCGAGGUGAAGCGACUCAGGGAGAAUCUACUUGAGUUCCUCGACGACUCGGACCCUGACCCGUCCACUCAGGACCUCGCCUCGGUCAUGAAGAGCUUGCAGGAGGAGAUAUCCGCCGCCUCUUGUUCCACAACUCCUAUUCCAUCAUCGCUGGCGGGUAAAAUUCCGGCGUCGGUGACGGUGAUUGAUCUGACCUCAGAUUCCGGCGAGUCUCAGCCGGAGCUUGGGUAUUUGUUUGGAGCUUCCGAUGACGAACUCGGUCUGCCGCCGUCUAACUCGGGCGAGUUAAAGGAGGAGACUGAGUUGGUACGAGUUUCAUCCGAUUCUUCUGGAAUCGAUGAGUUUUGGGGUUUCGAAGAUCCGGUUCCUAGCUACGGUUCGUUCGAGUUGGGCACCGGAGAGAGUUACAACGACGGUAACGGGUUCGUGGCUUUUGACGGGCUGUUCGGAUAUUCCGAUGUGUAUUUUGAUUCGUCCGAUUUCUCCGAUUUGUCAUGGCGGUCGGGAACUCUGCCGGCGCAAUAGCACGGGACAAAGGAUAUAAAUGUUUUUGAGCGGAUGAUUUAUAAAACGACGCCGAUUUGUAUAAAUAUUUUAUUACUUUUUUUUUUUUUUUUUUUUUUAAUACAGAGAGAAAGGGAAAGGAAAACAGCAUAUGUAGGAUUAGACUGAUAUUAAGAUGAAAAAAGAUGCCUUUAACUCGUGAGAA